AGGGGCUUGGAACGCCGGAAGCAGGAAGUGAAUGUGUUCGUACUCGUCGGAGAUGACAUUCAUUGUUUUGGUUUUUUUUUUUUACAUUAAAUCUGUCUAUUAUGUUGCUUAGAUACAGACAAACAAGCCCAGGCCAAAACAUGACCUCUUUGACUGAGGUGGAGCUGGAGCCUAUUCCAGUCCCUGCCUGGGAGGCGGGACUGGACAAGUCGCCCCCUCAUAAUCCGUUACACAGAAAAGUUAUUUGGAGCCAGAGAAAGCAAACAUCAGUGUCGAUCGACGGCGCGACGAAGGACUUCACCCGAUCAUCCGUGCGGUGGCCGGUUAGCAUCGGCUAGCGCGUCUGCUAUCCAAAAUUGGAAAUGGAAUGAACAGAAGGUACACGGACAGAAUACUAUGAACCGCAACAUGGUGCAGCGCACGGACAAGAAGGUGGACACACUCAGGACGAGGAUGGCAGCCACCUUCCAGACUGGGAGAUAGUGGAGGAAACUUAGUGUGCACGCAGUUUGCCACACUUUUGACUGUCUGGAGGGAAAUUGAGUCAACAGCACAGGGGGUAAUGAGGAUGGAAUAAAUGCGCGUGCAUUUCCAGGGAGGCAUACCCCAUCUGAAGCUGACACAUGGCGUCCCAGGAGAGCCAUUUGACAGCCAUACUCCUGAUCUCCAUCUUGGCGGCGGUCCUGGGCUCACUGCAGGUGGGCUACCACACGGGGAACGUCAACGCCCCGGCCAAGAUCAUUGAGGCCUUCUUCAAUGAAACCUGGACAGACCGACACAACCAAACCAUUUCAGACCACAGCCUGACCCUCCUGUGGUCGCUGUCGGUCAGCAUCAAGGACUUCGGAGCCCUGUUGGGCUCGCUGGGAGUCAAAUAUCUGGCAGACUCAUUUGGAAGGCGUAACUCCAUCCUGAUAUGCAACGGUCUGUCCGUGGUGGGAGCGUGCCUGAUGGUCAUCUCCAAAGCCAUCGAAUCAUUUGAGGCUCUCAUCCUGGGAAGACUGUUGUUUGGUCUCUUCUGCGGCCUGGUGAUGAGUCUCAAUCCACUCUACAUCCAGGAAGUGUCCCCCACCGCCCUGAGAGGGGCUUUUGCAACACUCAACCAGGUGGCCUACGCUUCAGGGAUCCUGCUGGGCAUGGUGGCCGGACUGGAGACAAUGUUGGGGACGACGGACCUCUGGGACAUGAUGUUGUCCCUGUCUUUGAUCCCGGCACUGGCACAGUUCCUCAUCCUGCCUUUUUGCCCCGAGAGUCCUCGGUUUCUGCUCCUCAACCAGGGAGAGGACAGCAAGGCGGAUGCUGCGCUACUCAAGCUGAGGGGGAACCCUGAGCGGGUGCUGGCCGAGCUGGAGGAGAUGAAAGCAGAAGCCGCACACAUCCAGCACCGUGUCUCCGUCUACGACUUCAUCAAGAAGAGAAGUUACAGGCAGCCCAUCAUCAUCGUCCUCUUUGUCAACUUGAGCAGCCAGCUGUCCGGGUUCAACGCGAUCGUCAAUUAUUCCACCACAAUGUUCCAAGCCAAGUUCGACGAGGCCAAGUACCUGACUCUGGGUGUGGGGGCCGUCAACGUCUUUUUCACUUUGGUGGCGUUUUUCCUGAUGGAAAAGGCCGGGAGAAGGAAGUUGCUCCUGACUGGUUUCAUCUGCAUCGCCAUGUGCAACGUGCUCUUGACUGUGGUGGAUUCUGUAGUGCACCUGGUCCCAGAGAUGGCGACCCUGCAGGUCCUGCUGGUGUUCUGCCUGAUCUCGGCCUACGAGCUGGGUCCCGGCCCAAUCUCCUGGUUCAUUGCUGCCGAGCUGUUCGAUCAGCCUGGCAGACCCCUCGCCAUGGCCUUCGCCAGCAUGUUGAACUGGGGGGGGAAGUUUGUCCUGGCGCUCCUCUUUCCUCCCGUCUUGCAACUCAUUGGCGGAUACACCUACCUCAUCUUCAUGGUCGUGGCUCUGGUCGGCUUCACUUUUACCUGGUUCCGACUUCCCGAGACCAAGGGCCGCACGUUCGACGAGAUCAUGGAGAAUUUCAGGGAGGCGCAGAGCCUUCCAUUGCAGACUAAAAACGGUUUCAACACCUUCAACUAAAAAACGAACCCUUUUGCGCCUUCCAGAAAUGUGUCCGUGUAGUCUCUUCACUCCGUCUCUCUGUCAACAAUUCCACAAUGUGGGCCACUGGUGUGAGUAUUCUGUACAUACCUAUAAACUAGUCAGGGAUGCCACUGGUGUGAGUAUUCUGUACAUACCUAUAAAC